AUGAAAGCAGCGGAACCACCCGGAAACAAGAAAGGGAGGCGCUUAUUAGAUUUGGGUCAGUGCCUGGCGUCCGAGUCAUCUUACGAUAGGUUCCAUCUUGCUUUGCGUGAAAACGUGAAAAAAAACCCGCUGCCAAGCAACAUCUUUAUAAGCCCGCUGAAGAAGCGAACCGGUUUGCAGUGUGAAGUGCAGGUUGCCACUGCGGGAGGAAAGUUGCUGUAGAGCUCCAGCCGAAGGGAUUCCAUCCGGGAAGGGCGAAAUACCACAUCAAGCAAGAUGAUGCAAAUUAUGGAUACUUAUAAUCAGAAGCACUCCCUGUUCAAUGCCAUGAACAAAUUUAUUGGUGCGGUCAAUAACAUGGACCAGACAGUCAUGGUGCCCAGUCUCUUGCGAGAUGUCCCUCUGGAAGAUGAAGGCAAAAGCGAAGUCAACGGCGUCUCCAGCACCGGAGCGUCAAACUACUACUCGGAUAAGCGGGACAUGUAUAACUACUAUGUCUUGCUGAAAUCCAUCAAGAACGACAUAGAAUGGGGUGUGGUGCAACUGGACGAUAGGAAGAAAGAUAAAGCCGCCACCAUGGACAUUAGAGUGGACGAAGCGGAAGGAGAGGAAGAUUUGCAGAAACAAUUCCACUAUCAUCUCAAUGGGUUAUAUACUGUUCUGUCAAAACUGACUAGAAAAGCGAACACUUUGACUAACCGCUACAAACAGGAAAUCGGUUUCGGGAGCUGGGGACAUUGAGCACUGAUCGAGUUACCGGGACUAAUGAAGUUAAGCCAAGCCUAACUGAAAUUGCCAGGUUAUUUUCUGUUCUGCUCCAAAAUCGGAUUUAACAUGAUCGCUUAAUAAGCCCUUUUCUGUGUUUUCGUCUUAUUGCUGGGAGAAGGGAAGGCUUUGUAGGACGUGCUUAAGAAAUAAAACUUUCAUGGAACUGAAGCGUGGUUGUGAGCGGCAGUGCCGGUGGAUUAUAUCAUUUUACUUUGCACUACUUUGUACUGUAUGUGAUGUAAAAAAAAUGUAACGUGUCUGUAUACCGUUUACUUAUUGUAUGAACGCACAAGAUAGACGCGUAUCUUUUUACAGUCUCUAUGGUUUGUAAAAUACGCCUGGAAAGGGUUGAGAUCCCUAACGAAAUGAGGCUAUCGAAAGGGCCAAUGAAAUGACUGAAAGCUGCAUAAUUACUUCUAUGUGCAACUUACUGUAUAGGAACCAUCUGAGAAUUUUUGCUGAAGAAUAAUGACGAGGUUCCUCCCUGUGUCAAUCUAUUUUUCUUAUUUAAGCCCUACUUUUGUACAGGCUGGUAUAUUAAACCUCUCUACUAAAAAAAUUGUAA